CAAUGCUUGGCACAACUCUGCGCCGACCAAUGAACUUAUGAUGUGGGAAGGAGUUUAACAAAAACUUUAUCUUUAACACCACAGGUUCGGCAUUUGUCAUCAUCAUGCUGCUGGCCAGCCUGAACAGCUGUGUAAACCCGUGGAUCUACUUCGCCUUCAAGACACGGUGUGACCGCAAGAAAGCGCCGAGGGGAAGCAGUUUCAACAGACGAGCAAUACAGACACCGAGAACAACCGAAUUAGAGAUGAACAAAAUUGAAAAAUCACUACCGGCUUUUGAGAGAGUGAAAGUCACCUUCGGGGUCAACGAAGAUGGACAGCAAGGGGUCAAGAUUACGUUCAACACAAAGGCUGCUGGGAAGGAGAACUUUCGUCUCGCGAGAAUUCCCGAGACUGAGAUGUUGGAUCUCAAAAGUGACAGCCCAAGUCGUAUCAUGUCCGAGGGCGAAGUGGAGACCAGAAAUCGACAGCGAAGGCGAGAAAAUGGCCGCGUUGUCUCCUUCAUCGGGUCAAAUUCAUUGUAGAUUAAGCUUGCUGGUCAACUUAGUCACAAAGAUGCCAUGUAUCAUUUGUUUUUGCGAGUGUAUCAAAGUAACCGUUCUUGUUGUUUCAUACCUUUCGCCAAUCAAAAGAUCUUACACAAAACCAAAAGGUCGAUACUUUUAUCUGCUUAUAGUUUCCUUACUAAAAGAUGGAUGGACUAGUUGUGGUAAAUAUGGUCAGAUACAUUAUAUAUGUGACUCUAUGUCUUUUUAUGAAUAUAUAUAUAUAUAUAUAUAUAUGUAAA